AUGAUUGGCUCAUGCGCAGUCCAGUCGUCACUUUGGGCAAGCAGACAGGGAUCUCAAGUGUUAUUGAAGAGCACACGUCUUCCUGCUCGGUCCAAUGUUUUCAAGACUGAAGUUCUCAGGAGAAAUGGAUCUCGGUGUAUAUCAUCAACGACCAAGCUGACGUUGAAUCGGUUACCGACCUCACGAUUGAAAACCCGCUGUCUCCAGACUAAACUGAUCUCACCGUCCUUCUUCAGCCAGCAAAGAUGGUCCGGGUCAAAAUCACCCGAAGAAAACAAAGGAACCCAGACAUCCACGAAAAUUGAUGAUCCCAAGAAAAAAUCAAUCCUGUCAAGAAUUCCCCUGCCAACCUCUUCUCACGAGAACAUCUACACAGUCCCCAACAUUCUCACAUUCACUCGUCUUGUAGCUGCCCCCGUGGUCGGGUACCUCCUCGUCAACAACUACCACACAGCAGCGCUAUCCCUGUUCGCAUAUGCGGGCAUCACCGAUCUCGUCGAUGGUUAUAUCGCUCGCCGAUAUAACCUCCAGACGGUGGUUGGAACCAUCAUCGAUCCCAUGGCUGAUAAGUUGCUGAUGACCAUCGGUGUUGCGUGUCUAGCCGUGAAUGGCUCGCUUCCUGUCUGGCUUGCCGUGAUCAUCCUCGGUCGUGAUGUUGGUUUGAUGAUUUCGGCUCUGUAUUACCGGUGGAUCUCGUUGCCUGCGCCUAAGUCUAUGGCCCGGUACUGGGAUUUCUCGCUUCCCUCGGCGGAAGUCAAGCCUACUGAGAUCUCGAAGAUCAAUACCGCUUUGCAGCUUGUGUUGGUGGGUAGUGCGAUUGCACUGCCAGUAGUCCCUGACGCGUUUGUUAGCGCUUGGCAUCUGAGCGAGGCCAUGACUGGAUUCCAGUACCUCGUCGCCGGCACUACUAUCUGGUCUGGACUCAGCUACGUCUUCUCUAACAAGGCGGUGAAGAUUCUUUCUAAAGAAGAGAUCCAGAAACGAAUUGCGCAAGCAGCUGCUAAGCGUAAAUAG